GGGAGGGCGCGCAGUUGCGGGUCCUCGGAUUCAAGGACUCGUCCAAUCUUUAUGUGAAGAGCAGAAACUGUGGGCUGUUUAAUCCCAUGAAUUACUGAAACUUGUCCUAUCGGAAAACAAACGGGCACUUGUCGUCUGGGUAUUUGAAAAGCAGUAGCCAAUGAGGCAGACUUUGAGAGAUCCGGGCCCCGUCCCCACUGUUCGUGGAGAUGGGCUCUACUCAGAGCAUCUCAGGCACUCCAGCGCGGCCUCUGCCACACAACAAGCAUCUGGCUCGGAUAGCAGACCCUCGUUCACCAAGCGCCGGCAUCCAGCGCACUCCUAUUCAGGUGGAGAGCUCCCCGCAGCCAAGUCUGCCAACAGACCAGCUGAACAGUCCUAAACAAGCCCAGGACUCAGACCCCCGCUCUCCUACUCUUGGCAUUGCACGGACACCCAUGAAGAUCGGUGCUGCAGACCCUCAGAGUCCCCUGGUGAGAGAACUGAGUGAAGUAUUUGAGACCGAAGCUUCCAAAUCCAUCUCCCCAGCAGAGCUAGCUCUGCCCCAGCAAACACCUUCAUCUUCUGAACUGGACCUGCCUUUGGAGACUCAGUUAUCCCUAGAGGACCCAUUGCUGCCUUGGAGCCAGACUGAACUCCCCUCCAAACAGGUGUUUACCAAGGAGGAAGCAAAACAAUCCACAGAAACCAUAAUUGCCAGCCAGAACUCAGACAAGCCCUCAAGAGAUCCUGAGACUCCCCAGUCUUCAGGUUCUAAGCGCAGUAGACGGAAAGCAAACAGCAAGGUGCUAGGGAGAUCUCCUCUCACCGUCCUGCAGGAUGACAACUCCCCUGGGACAUUGACAUUGCGGCAGGGUAAACGACCUUCUCCUCUAAGUGAGAAUGGAAAGGACCUAAAGGAAGGAGUCAUUCUUGGAACUGGAAGAUUCCUGAAAACUGGAGGAGCAUGGGAGAAAAGCCAGGACCAUGACAAGGAAAAUCAACAUUUUGCUUUAAUGGAGAGCUAGGUCUGGGUCUGGAUUCGCCCAGAGCCUGGUGAUAGCCUCUUCCACAAGAGCACCGAGGAAAGUCUGGCUCCUCCCAGGCUACCACCUCUAGUACCUGGACAUUGUUUUGUUUUGUGUGUUUUUUUCAUAUUAAAGGAGAUGGUUUUAAAUGAUGCUUUAGGAAGUUAGAAAAGGCUGUGUUGGGUCUUCUGUGUGUGUAGAAUGGUAGCCUGGGGGUCUAUGAGCUCUGGAUAUGUCUCUCUACUGCCACUGCUAAGCCUCUUUUCUAUGCCUUAAGUUUUGAUGUUCUCCAAAGCUCUGCCCUUGG